UUUGGUUUGCUAUCCGACUAUUGACCAUGCAGGCUUAUCAGUGAUCCAUCUGCCAACAUCUCGGUGCGGAAAGUGGGAAGUGGGGGCCGCUCUACGGAGGACCCUGGUCUCUUCGCACGGCAGUUUGUCGUCUUCAACUGUUUGUUGAUAAGUUUGUGUUCGCUCAGACUUUCUUGAGAAAUGCAAAGCUAAGCUUAUCCAUAGGCAGAACUUCACUCCAACCAUCUGGUCAGUCGAUCUGCACCUCAUCGCGACUGGAGCCUUCAUCCUCAAUUCGGGAAAAGUAUCCUGCUUUGCCUGCCGGAGGCGAUCCCGACACGGCUACAAGAGAUAAGCUCGCAACACCAGUGGAAUAUGACUGCUGGAGGCUCGUCUCAACGACCUUCUAUCCUUCCCCACAUCAGUAUUGAAAGAAUACUUUUCGAGGCUGUCCAAAGCCCUAAAAAGGCAAUGCGAUCCAACUCCCGGUAACAGUCUUGAGUGUAAAACCGGCGAGGUCGAAGUUCGAGAUUCUUAAGUCCCCCGCACGAUGUUCACAGACGUCGGGUCAACCCCACCUCGAAUGCAUCCCUGAACCCCCUCUUAGAGCUAGGAACCCCUUGCCCUUGACUCCGCAUAACUGGACUUUGAGAUAAGAAAUCGCCAUUCAACAACACAACCGCCAUGAGGGCAACUUCGAUUAUCGAUAUGCCAUUCAGUCCACAUUUAUUGUGCUAUCAGUACAAUCUCGGAUUCGACUAACAAACUUGGACUGGCGUUAUCGAGAGCUCUGCCCCAGUCCCAAAGGUACGGGCCCGACGCCGUUGGCCCGAGUCAACCGAACCCGCCGACCUACAUCGAUCCGCCGUCCGAACGUUGAAGCAAUCGCCAAGACACCAAAGACUGGAGAAAGCAAACAAUGUCACGCCUUUGUGUUACAUACAGCCCCACGGGAUGAACGGCAUAUAGUCUUAUCCGUAGGCCGCGGCCCGCGAUAUCAUCGGGCCCCUGCCCUAGCUCGUUCGCGAAACGUCACGACAUGGGCGCCACGUUCUGCAGCUCUCGACUGAUUAUCUCUCGGCGCUCGCUUAUGCAGAUCAAUCCCGGCGUGAUAGGACACUUUCAAUACCGCCCAGAAGCCAUCGCGGCAACGAUGGUACGCAGCAGGUACCCUGUCUCGAGAAGGCGAACCCCUCUAGAGCCGUCCAUUCCUCUGGGACCGAGCUGUUUGGACGAGGUUGCCUCGCUCCCGACUUCCCUUCGCAUACUUAGUGGCGCAUUCACAUACUGAGACCGGUUUAGCUUGCGUGCUGCAGAUUAUCAUAAUGUUGAUGUCAGUUGAUGUUCUAAUGGACAACUUGGAGAUUACCCAUCGAUACAACUCUAUCACCGGUGUCGGGGUAAUGCCAGGUUUGGCUACCUUAAGUCAAGUUACUCAGGUGCAACAUCACCAAAAGCCUAAGGUUCCACAAGAUCCUCAGCUAUCUUCCAGCUUUUCCAUAAAAGCUACCCAGAUCCGUCAUCAUUGUUAGAAUGGACUUAAGAUCUCUACGCCCUCCUGAACCCUAAAGACUCCGCCAAGUUCUUGGACAACAUGGGCUUCACUUCGGCAACUCGCGCCUUUAGCCUGGGAGCACUCCUUCUCCUAGGCCCAAAUUUGAUCCCUCAAGUCGAUGGCCUUCCCAAGACAUCAUGGGCUCAACAGAGGGCCAAAGGGCAUGGCAGGAAAGCUCUCAGCCAGUCUAUGAACAAGCGUCAGUUCAGCAAUGGCAGUGAGCCAGCUGACUGCGUAGUCCACGAUCCGAUGGACAUUGACGCCCCCAAAGACAACAUUUGGAGUGGUCUGACAGGCCCUGAAGCUGCUGGUGUAACCGAAUGGCUCUUCGCACAGAGAGAGUUGAACCUCACUCUGAGUGACAAUGCUACCUCCUGGGAUAACACAAUUGUCUUGGUCGAGCUCAUGCAGCCAAAUAAGUCAGACGCUCUGGCAUACAUCGACGGCAGCGGCCCUGCUCCAGCCCGAUAUGCCCACGUCUUGCUUGACUUCCGCGCCACCGAGGAGCCUGAGUAUCAAGACAUUCUAGUAGGCCCAUUGCCGGUCACCAAUGGCACCACCAAGUGGGAGCGACUGGACUACCCUUACACGCGUAAGACUAGCGGUCGCGUGCGAAACCUGGAUGCCGACGACGACGCUAUGCAAGAAUGGCUCUACGAUGUCAGCAAGAGCAUCGCCGACAUCACCAAAGAUCUCUGGAACGCCACUGCUCUUGGGCUCGAGAACGACACCUUGGAAAUCUGGGGUAUUGAUCCCUACUACCAGGAUGACGGCCGCAUUCAGCGCUGGGACACUUUCUGGAGCAUCCCCGACUCCAUCUUCGACGUCGGCUCGAUGAUGCCUAUGGGACUGUUCUUCAUGUCUGACGUCACCGGCCGCGACCCUUCCAAGUGGAUUCUGGAGGGAUGGUACUACAACGGUGUCUUCUACGAGAAUACAGAGGAGUUCCGCACUGCGUACUGGGGUGGCAACGUUGAGAAGCUCGGCGGCAACUUUGCUGGAGACUGGUCGGCUACAGAUCAGCAAGGUCAGGUUCUUCCUAUGGACACCAUGGCUCCUCCGACUGCGGUUGCUCCCCAAGGCGCCAGAUACUCUGUCGACGCUGAGAGAAAAUAUGUUGAGUGGAUGGGCUGGUCGUUCUAUGUUGGCUUCAAUCGAGACACCGGUAUGGCUCUCUAUGACAUUCGUUACAAGGGCCAGAGGAUCUUGUACGAACUCGGUCUCCAGGAGGCUUUGGCUCACUAUGCCGGAAGCGAUCCCACCCAGUCUCACGUAGCAUACCUUGACACAUACUACGGUUUUGGCCCGUUUGCCUUCGAACUGCUCAAGGGAUACGACUGUCCAUCAUAUGCCACCUAUCUCAACUCCUCGUUCUACGUUUCCGAGUCCACUCACACGCACCUGAACAGCAUCUGUCUGUUUGAGUUUGACGCCGACUACCCCAUGGCUCGACACUCGUCUCAGGACUACGUCACAGCCACCAAGAAUGUCUACUUCACCAUUCGUUCCGUCUCAACCGUUGGCAACUAUGAUUACAUGUUCAGCUACAGCUUUUUCCUCGACGGCAGCGUUGCCGUAGAAGUCCGUGCCUCCGGCUACAUCCAAGCCGCGUUCUACGCCAAGAACGACGGCUACGGCUUCAAAAUCCACGACCAGCUGUCUGGCAGCAUGCACGACCACGUGGUCAACUUCAAGGCUGAUUUUGACAUCUUUGGCACCGACAAUACGGUGCAGCGCAUGCACCAGGUCCCCACGACGCAGGUCUACCCCUGGUCCAAGGGCAAGGCGUUCAACACCAUGAAGGUGGAGCGCGAGUUCAUCGAGAACGAGGACCAGGGCCGCUUCGACUGGAGCUACAACAACCAGGACCAACUCUUUGUGCUCAACCAGGACGUCAAAAACAAGCACGGCGAGUACCGCGCCUAUCGCAUCCUGCCGUACACCGGCGCCGCGCAUCUGACCGUCAAGGACUCGAACAUUCUCAAGAACUCCGCUAAGUGGGCAGUCAACGACAUCAUGGUGUCGAAGCGCAAGGACACGGAGCCGCGCAGCAGUCACCCAUACAACAAUCAAGACACUGAGAACCCGCCGAUCAACUUUGAUGCGUUCUUUGACGGCGAGAGCCUCAACCAGACUGACCUCGUGAUGUGGCUCAACCUGGGCAUGCAUCACGUCCCUCAUACUGGUGACCUUCCCACUACCGUCUUCACUACGGCUCACUCCGGAAUCCAAUUCAUGCCUGCGAACUACUUCGACAUUGGCCCGAACGUGGAGACGGUCAACAUGGUCCGCAUCAAUUACUCCAACGGCACCACAACGGAUGUCUUCACCUUCAACGCUGAGACGGACACAUGUGCGCUCGACUACGAGCCUACGCAGGCUGAUCUGUGGACUUACAAGGGCGAUGUGGUUGUUCGCAAGUUCCCCUACUUGCCGGAUGACCCCUACUAUGACACGGAUAGCAUCUAG